CAGAAAGCAAAAAGAGGUUAUGUUGAUUGUGCAUGUGUAUUGUGAUGUGACUAUUGUAUUUUACAAUGCCAUCUGAACGAAUGUGAAAUGAAAAGAGAAAGUGAAGAAGAACAAAUUAUCAGAAUUUGAAAAUUUUUAAAAGAAUUUUCUCAUGUCCUGAAAUUCGUACACACGUUACGCGAUCACAUUACAACACAGUAAAAGAGAAUCCUCUUUUUAUCCGUUUAUGUAAUAAUGAUUAAAAAUUUAAAGAUUUAAUGAAUAGAUUUUCAAGUGACUCAAGCAAAAAAGAAAAAGAAAAACAUUAUCAAUUCAUUUUUAAUAUAGUAAUUUUGCUUAUUAAUAAUAAGGUUAUUAAUAAUGAGAAUAGUGUAAUAUCAACUCCUGAAUCAUGACAUUCGCCAAUUACAUACAAACUUUAUCUGAUAAUCCUUAUUUCGGUGCUGGCUUCGGUUUAUUUGGCGUUGGAGCUGCAGCUGCUUUAUUGAGAAAAGGUGCACAGUUUGGAGCUAUCCUAUUCAGGCGACAUUACAUGAUUACCAUGGAAGUACCAUGUCGCGACAAGAGUUAUCAAUGGGUUUUGCAGUGGAUCACGCACAAAGGUGCCCGGAAAACACAGCAUCUUUCUGUAGAAACCAGUUUUGAACAGAGGGAAACUGGUCAUGUGAAAACCAAAUACGACUUUAUCCCAAGUAUAGGAACCCAUUUCUUCAGAUAUAAGGGGAAUUGGAUAAAGGUUGAAAGAACAAGAGAGCAACAGACUCUAGAUUUACACAUGGGAAUACCAUGGGAAACUGUACAGCUGACAGCAUUUGGCAAAGACAGAAGCAUAUACUUUGAUAUCCUAGAAGAAGCCAGACAGAUGGCUUUAAAAGAGCACGAGGGAAAAACUAUCAUGUACACUGCCAUGGGAAGCGAGUGGCGACAAUUUGGACAUGCCAGAAAGAGGAGACCGUUAGAGUCGGUUGUUUUGGACACUGGUGUCUCUGAAAGGAUAGUAAAUGAUUGCCGGGAGUUUAUCAAUAAUCCGUCAUGGUACAGCGAAAGAGGAAUACCGUAUCGUCGAGGGUAUCUGUUACACGGACCGCCAGGCUGUGGAAAGUCGUCGUACAUUACCGCGUUGGCCGGUGAAUUGGAACGUGGAAUUUGCGUUUUGAACUUAUCCGAGAGGGGUCUAACGGAUGACAGACUGAAUCAUCUCUUAGCGGUAGCGCCUCAACAGACCAUCAUCCUGUUGGAGGAUAUCGAUGCUGCUUUUGCAAGUAGAGAAGAAUCUAAGGAAGUUAAAGCAGCGUAUGAUGGCCUUAACAGAGUCACAUUUAGUGGUUUAUUAAACUGUUUGGAUGGCGUAGCUUCCACAGAAGCUAGAAUAUUAUUUAUGACGACCAAUUACUUGAACAGAUUGGACCCUGCGCUCGUUAGACCAGGCAGAGUGGAUGUCAAGGAAUAUAUUGGAUGGUGCAGUCAAAGUCAAGUCGAACAAAUGUUCUUGAGAUUCUAUAAGGAACCAGGCAAGGACCCUGGCGCACUCGCAGAGAAAUUUGCAGAAAAUGUUAUGUCCUACGAGAGAAACGUCAGUCCGGCACAAAUUCAAGGAUAUUUCAUGUUCCAUAAAAGUAAUCCUGAAGCAGUCAUAAAUAACGUUGCACAAAUCUGGGAACUCGCAUGAAAGAAUACAAAAACUGUAGUAUUGUACUUUGAAGUAAAGCCAUGUACUAGCGGUCAUGUAAUUAACCUUUUUCUGUAUAUAAAGAUACUUUAUUUAUCCUUAAAGAAGACCGACAGUAUGGAGCGACUAUAAGUAUCACUAUUUCUCUUGCAUAAAUACAAAACGAAGUUGAGAUCUCGAUGAAUAUUGUCGAAAAUAUCUUUAUCAAUUUUGUAAUGCAUAUGGUAAAAUAUAAUACAAACGUUCAUUCGUAAGAAUAAAUGCAAUAUAAAGCCUUCUGAUAUCAAAUAUGAAGAGAUGAAAUAAUAAAAUUUUUUUAAAACAUGGAUAUUUUCUGCAAGACUUCGAUGUUUUAUAACUGUAACUGUAAAGUGCGUUAUUUUGCAUUUGUACCACCGGUAUUAAUUAUAUAUGUGGACGAAUAUGUCCGAUGUAAAUACUGCUUUGUUAAAAGAAUAAUAAUUUCUACGAGUAUCGCAUCAAAAAAUGAUUUGUGUAAUGUAAACCGAUGGCAUUAAUUAUGCGCUAUGUUUCAAGAAAAUUGGUACGUGUGGAAAACAGUCUUUAUAAUAGCGUAAUGGAUAACACAGCAGUAAUCAUCUUAAAACACGACACUAUAUACGUGUACGAUUAUAAUAGAAAAGGCAGUUUAUACAUUAGAUGUAACUAGUUUGGCAGCCUGUUGAGAUUGAUUUAUUACUACAUUGAUCUUCCUAAGUGGAACAUAUUAAUUUGUACUAUAGUUUUUCUCAAAGCAGAUUCAUAUAUAAUCACUGAAAAUAUAGAAUAUAUACUUUUAUCUGAAACUAAUCGAUGAAUAUUCUCAUAAAAAAGGACUGAUUCAGAUUUUAUAUAUAGAAAAUAUAUUUACCACUAAAUCCACGCGCGCACGCUAGUUCCCUGGAAUCGUUAAUCUAUUAAUAAAAAAUCUACGUGCUGAA